ACCACCAGCUGGUACCAUCCUCAAACUCACUUUGAUUUUAUUCUUUUAUAGAAGCCAAAGAAAAAAAAAUAUCCCAUCUUUAUAGUCGCUCUCUUUCUCCCAGGUUAUUUCAAUCUGCUACAUUGGGUACCCAAGCACUAAACUUUCUCCCUGGGUUCCUCUUUAGUAAGGAAUUUGGAGUUGGUGGUGGUAAAAAAUGGAGUUUUCCAGGGUUUCUAUGAUUAGUUGUUUUGCGUUACUCUUGUGCUCCUCCUUGGCAUAUGGUGCCUCUAGUCCUCCAGCUCCUAUGGCAAUGAGUCCCAGUCCGACACCGACACCGGCACCAGCCCCUGCACCGGAAUAUGUAAACCUAACUUAUUUGCUCUCUGUGGCUGGUCCAUUUCACACAUUCCUCAACUACCUUGAAUCCACUAAAGUCCUGGAUACUUUCCAAAACCAAGCCAACAACACUGACCAAGGCAUUACGAUUUUCGUGCCAAAAGACAGUGCCUUUAAAGCUCUUAAGAAGCCUUCAUUAUCUAAUCUCACUAACGACCAACUUAAAUCACUCAUCCUUUUCCAUGCCAUGCCCAAAUUCUACUCUCUCGCCGACUUCAACAAGCUUAGUACCAAAGGCCCUGUUAGUACCCUCGCAGGUAGCCAAUACAGUUUGAACUUCACAGACAAUUCCGGCACUGUUCACCUUGAUUCAGGAUGGAGCAAAACGAAAGUUUCCAGCGCUGUUCACUCAACUGACCCUGUUGCCAUAUACCAAGUCGAUAAAGUCCUCCUUCCAGAGGCUAUCUUCGGAACUGACAUUCCUCCAAUGCCACCAGCUCCUGCCCCUGCUCCCGAUAUUAGCCCAGCUGCAGAUGCUCCAUCAGCAGAAACCAAGGGAAAAGGUUCUUCAUCCAAGGCUGAACCUUCAACUUCAUCAUCCCAUAGGAUCAUGAACUUUGGGACAUGGAAUCAGCUGCUUUUGGCAUUGUUCGGUGGGUGGGUCAUGUUCUUCUAAGUUCAAAGGGACUUUCAUUUCGAGUCUAAUUUAUGUUCAUGUUGGGGAGAAAAUCAUAUUUGGGUUUUUCAAUUUACUUCAGAUUUUUAGAACCAUUUUUUCAUUUAUAUGUUAUGGAGAGAUUAUUAUGUGUUGAAAAGAAUGUGACUUCUUGUUUUGCAGUUACUAUUUUUUUUAAAAAAUUUGAGUUUCUCAAUUUACUUGAAUAAAGUUCGCAAAUUUCAAGUU